AUGUCCAGCCCAGAGCCCCAGCCGCUUGUUCCCUCAGGCGCUGAGGUCCAGCCGGGGCGCUUGGGCCCCUGUCCCGUGGCUGCGUCCCCAGUGGUCCCGCGCCUAGCUCGGGGACGCCUGGAGUCCUCCUUUUCUGUCGAGGCCAUCCUGGCGAGACCCGAGAGCCGUGAGACAGCUGCCACCCCUCUGCAGCUCUCUUCCUGCGCCAGUCUGAACCUCAGCUCCAGGUCACCAUACCCGGUCCUGCCCUGGGUGUGCUCGGCAGCGACUUGGCUGCCCGCCUACCUGAGCAUGGGCAUCUACCCGCUGUCCUCCACGCCCUGCGUGCCUGGACUGAACGUGGCUUGCCUCUUCUGCCAGCAGGGCCUCGGCCUCACAGGCUCGGAGCUGCCUUACUGUCCAGGCCUCUGGAGCCCUCUGGACUGGGCACCUACCAUGGACCUUCAGGACGCAGAGAGACACCAAAAGAGGGUCCGCACGAUGUUUAACCUGCAGCAGCUGGAGGAGCUGGAGAGAGUGUUUGCAAAGCAGCACAACCUGGUAGGGAAGAAGAGGGCCCAGCUGGCUGCCAGGCUGCACUUGACCGAGAACCAGGUGAGGAUCUGGUUCCAAAACCGCAGGGUGAAGUAUCAGAAGCAGCAAAAACUGAAAUCUCCUUCCUCCUCUGCCAUGGAAGAGCCCUCCAGCAGCUCAGAUGGCAACAUCCAGAGUGAAGAUGCUGAGUCAGGAGAUGGCAGUUAAGGACUGAGUCAGAGGCUUGCUACGUGGGCUAGUUUCUUCCUGGGCCACCUGCUGGACCACCUCCCAGUCCCACAUCUCAGUGAAGGGCUUCCUUAAAGUCAAAGGACACCAAUUGUACUUGAACAAUCAAACAAGAGAUCCCUGGGAGCAGACUAAUGGGAUGAUCUACGUC